AUGAUGCGUGGGUUUAAACAGAAACUGAUCAAGAAGACGUCAAGUUCAAGUUCUUCAAAGAAGAAAGAAAAGGAGAAAGAAAAAGAAAAAGAGAAAAAAAGAUCUGUAAGUGGGAACAGUUCGUCUAAUGGUUCGACGACUCCAACGUCUGAGUCCAGUAGAAAAUCAACAAGUUCUUCCACGAAGAAUAGUAAUAAUACGAAUAAUGGCAGUACUACUGGCUUGGUUGCAUCAACAACAAACUCUACCACCACUACAUCAUCAUCGUCGUCGUCGUCUCAUAAGCAUCAUACAUCCUCAAAACAAGGCUCCUCUGCUGAUGGAUCCAAACAGAAAUCUUCAAGAAAACCUUCUUCUUCUUCUUCUUCUACUACUACUACCUCGUCAAAUAAGAAGAAAUCUAGUGUUUCAAGCUCUCACCCAUCUGUCACUGUGAUAACCACGGGUAACGCUAAUGAAUCUGAACAACAGGUAGUGACACCUACUGCAGCAGCCCAUCCCACAUUUAUCGGUGCUGCUGCUGUUUCAAUUGCGCCGGCUACUGUUGGGAAUUCAAGUGCAACCACUAUGGGAGGAGAUCCAUCCCCAUCAUCUCAUAAUACCACUCAAGGGUCACCUUCAUCUCCAAGUAUCGAUAUCCCAAGAUCAUCCCAUUCAUUUGAGAAAUUACCGACUCCUGCAAAAUUUGUCUCCGAUGCAGAUGUGGAUUUGAUUAGAACUCCACAACGUCAUUCAUCAUCAAGAUUCGAACCAUCAAGAUAUACUCAAAUAUCUAAAUUACCUUCAUUUGAUGAAGUGGCUCCCGAAGAAAAAAUUCCUUUGUUUAUAGCUAAAUUGGAUCAAUGUAAUGUCAUGUUUGAUUUUAAUGAUCCAAGUUUUGAUAUUCAAGGUAAAGAAAUUAAAAGAUUCACUUUACAAGAAUUGAUAGAAUUUAUCGUAACAAAUAGAUUCACUUAUACUAAUGACAUGUAUUUACAUAUGGUAACAAUGUUUAAAGUGAAUUUGUUUAGACCAAUACCACCACCAGUGAAUCCAAUCGGUGACAUCUACGAUCCAGAUGAAGAUGAACCUGUAAAUGAAUUGGCAUGGCCUCAUAUGCAAUUGGUUUAUGAAUUGUUCCUAAGAUUUGUAGAGUCACCAGAUUUCAACCAUCAAAUAGCAAAACAAUAUAUCGAUCAAGGUUUUAUUCUAUCAUUGUUAGAAUUGUUUGAUAGUGAAGACAUUAGAGAACGUGAUUGUUUAAAGACUACAUUGCAUAGAAUAUAUGGUAAAUUCUUGUCCUUAAGAAGUUUUAUUAGAAGAUCAAUCAAUAAUAUUUUUUUGCAAUUCAUUUAUGAAACUGAAAGAUUUAAUGGUGUUGCAGAAUUAUUGGAAAUCUUAGGUUCGAUUAUUAAUGGGUUUGCAUUACCGUUAAAGGAAGAACAUAAAGUUUUCCUUGUAAGGGUACUUAUUCCAUUACACAAAGUACGUUGUUUAUCACUAUAUCAUCCACAACUAGCGUAUUGUAUUGUUCAAUUCUUAGAGAAGGAACCAUUGUUAACGGAAGAAGUAGUAAUGGGUUUAUUACGUUAUUGGCCAAAGAUUAACUCUACAAAGGAAAUCAUGUUUUUAAAUGAAAUAGAAGAUAUAUUUGAAGUCAUAGAACCCUUAGAGUUUAUUAAAGUUGAAGUUCCUUUAUUUGUUCAACUGGCUAAAUGUAUCACUUCAUCACAUUUCCAAGUCGCAGAAAAAGUUUUAAGUUAUUGGAAUAAUGAAUAUUUCUUAAAUUUAUGCAUUGAAAACGCAGAAGUGAUCUUACCUAUUAUUUUCCCUGCUUUAUAUGAAUUGACGGCUCAAUUAGAAUUAGAUACAUCCCUAUCCCCAUCAGACAUGAAUGAUCCGAAUGGAGAUAUGAAUGAUCCAUAUUUAUUGGUUGAACAAGCGAUAAAUUCGGGUUCUUGGAACAAAGCAAUACAUGCAAUGGCAUUCAAGGCCUUAAAAAUAUUCCUUGAAACAAAUCCUGUAUUGUACGAAAAUUGCAAUGCCUUAUACUUAUCUAGUGUUAAAGAAACUGAGAAACGUAAACAUGAAAGAAAAGAAAAUUGGAAACAUUUAGAAAAAUACGUAGAAAAUCUUAGGAUAAGUGAUGUCGAUGGAAGACCGAUCGCUGUGACCUCUGGUAAUGAUAAUGACAAUAAUAAUGAUCAAAAAUAUACAAGUGGCUGA